AUGGAGUAUGUCACUGGCUGGCUACUGCGACACCCAACCCUGACACUUGGGACGCACACCCGAGAGCAGCAAACAGGAUGGUGGUACAUUGAUUACAUUUCCAACUUACUUCGAAUGCUUCAGCAGGGCUAUACAUACUCACUGCUAACACUUGCAGUUUCCCUUGAAGUUGAAAGAGCCUUCGACUACGCGGAAGUCAGCUCUUUUACACAUGCCUUGUUAAACAGGAAUGCUUCUUCUCGCAAAAGGUCGCUUGGUCCUUUGUUUAGAUUUUUUCUAUCGACGCUGUUGUACCUUAUGCCUGCUAACACCCGCCACGCGCUACUGCUUUCAUUCUAUUUCUUUCUCGUCGCCCCUUUUCCCGAGCUUCAAUCCUCGACUGCAGUCGCCCAAACACCCCUUAUAGCUGUUAUUCGUUCAAACUGGCUGGUGUCCGGUCUACACUCACACGGUCCUCCAACAAAAGGGAAAUUAUCAGUGAGCCUACAUCUGCAUGACUCACUGCGUAAAUCUCCGUCUCACCCACAACCAUGUGUCACAGAACUGCGUAUCCCUUCUCCGACCCGUGACGACCGUUACGGGGCUGUCCAUAAACCGAAGCAUGCUUGCCUCCUUCACAAGUCCAAAUCCGUAUACGGAAUUCGGGUCGCCAUAUAUAGUGGCAACGCGCGCCCAUCCAACCUUUUCCCUGCACCUGACUUCCCUACAACAGUGCAACCAGUCAAACAACGUAUCGCUUUAAAAACCGGUACCACAAGACACAUUGCACUUACUUUGGUUAUAAACGUGCAGACGGUGGCAACUGGGGAAUUCACGAGCUCUUUGAGUCAGAUUCGCGAAGUGCGAAGGGAGGAAAGAUCUGAAGUUUGGAAGCACGAUGCGCUUUUGAAUCGUGGAAGGAUAGAUCAGAUACCAAAGCUGAAAUCUUUCAAUCACAAUCCGUUGAAACUUGUCAAACAACGUAUCGCUUUAAAAACCGGUACCACAAGACACAUUGCACUUACUUUGGUUAUAAACGUGCAGACGGUGGCAACUGGGGAAUUCACGAGCUCUUUGAGUCAGAUUCGCGAAGUGCGAAGGGAGGAAAGAUCUGAAGUUUGGAAGCACGAUGCGCUUUUGGAUCGUGGAAGGAUAGAUCAGAUACCAAAGCUGAAAUCUUUCAAUCACGAUCCGUUGAAACUUGUGAGAAUGGGGAUCAUGCAUGCACGCAAGGGGCGUUUUUUGGCCCGUAGCGCUCCUCGUGUUUAA